GAACAAGAGAAACGAAACAAGGCGGGUCUAAUUUGCAAAUACAAUAUCCGUCGUUUAAGGCGAAAAGGAAAAAAAGUUGCCAGUGAGGAACGCGAAGACGCAAAAUAGGGCAUAGGCGACAGUGCGUUUGGCUACCCUCAGCAAUCGACCUCAUCUUCUCUCUCUCUAACCAUCGUAUCUGCAACUUCAACUAACUUUUAUGAAGCCGAAGGCGUCAGUGAAUCGACCCCCCACACCAGAUGUGGCCGAAAAUGCCCCUGAAAGGGAACCCACGCUUCAAGAGCUCAUCAACAUCAAGUUGAUCGAGACCGGAGAGAAGGAGCGUCUCAUGGAGCUGUUGAGGGAAAGGCUUGUUGAUUGCGGUUGGAAGGAUGAAAUGAAAACUCUCUGCAGAGCCGUUGUGAAGAAGAAAGGGAGGAAUAAUGUUACUGUUGAUGAACUUAUACAUGUAAUCACUCCAAAGGGACGAGCCUCGAUUCCUGAUUCCGUAAAGGCCGAGUUGUUGCAGAGGAUUCAAACGUUUCUUGUGUCUGCUGCACUUUAAGAUAUCUGCAUGGCUUGGUCAGUGUUAACCUCACCGUAUGUUGUAAAGAUUCUGAGUGGAACUAGUAAGAACUGCACACAUUUGUACUGGGUUUUGUUUGGGAGGGAUAUGACUAUGUCUUGUAAAACCAUAAUUAUUUCACUCCUUUCAAUAUAAAUUUGAGAAAUAUUUUUUUAUGCAAAGUUGUUAAUAUGUAACAGCCUCA